CUCUCCGACCUGUCCGGCGGAUGGACGCAUUUGUUGUUCACACACACACACCAGCAUUUGAUGCUCAUUGGAAGCAGUUAAAUAUUAUUGCCACGUAAAGAUGAUUUUUUUUUUCUUUUUUAAUUUUUCCGGCUGCAUAAUUUUAACUAUGCAUAGACAACUUUUGACGCACGUUUAACCCUAAAUUUGAAGGAUAACAUGAAGUUGUUGCUAUAGCAGGAGAAGCUAACCGAGUGCCGUAAUAUAAUGCUGCUUGCUUCUAGUCAAACCCAAAAGGAGCUUUUAGCUUUAGUAUCCGACCUCUAGAGUUUCUACCCCAUCUCGCUGAUAUAUAACAAAAAUGCCUAAUACCAGUGCUAGGCCAAAGCAUGGCAGGAGGUCCCGGCGGCGACGCAGGGGAGACCCUGCUAGAGACGAGCUGGUCUCCAGCUCCCUACAGAGUGCCCAGCAGUGCUUGUUAAACCAGGAUUACGGAACAGCGUUUGUGCACUACCUCCUGGUCCUCAACCUCGCACCUGAGUUCAAGGACUUUGCACAGGAGUCCUUCAGGUUUACGCUUUUUAAAUGGGCAGAGGAACUGGACUCUGUGGGUCGCAUUCAGGAGCUUUUUGACUGUUAUGAGCAAGCCUUGGAAAUUCUUCCUGCUGAUGAGGUGAUCCUGAACAGCAUGGGUGAACACCUGUUCAGAAUGGGAUUCAGGGAUGAAGCAGCAGGUUAUUUCCACAAAGCCUUAAAGCUCAGACCUGAAUUUCCAGAGGCCAGGGAGAAUUUUUACCGCGUUGCCAAUUGGCUGGUGGAGCGUUGGCACUUCCUAAUGCUCAAUGACCAUGGCAGAAACCAGAAAUACCAACAGGCCAUUCAGAAGGCUGUCCAGAGCGGAUGCAGCACUGUACUUGAUAUAGGUACUGGCACUGGGAUACUUGGAAUGUGUGCCAAGCAGGCAGGAGCAGCUGAGGUUUACGCCUGUGAGCUGUCAAAGACCAUGUAUGAACUGGCCUGUGAGGUGGUGACAGCUAACGGAAUGGAGGGAGACAUCAAGAUCCUUCACAAGAAAUCACUGGAGAUGGAAGUUCCUGCCGACAUUCCUCACAGGGUAUCACUGGUGGUGACUGAGACAGUAGAUGCAGGAUUGUUUGGAGAAGGCAUCAUAGAGAGUCUCAUUCAUGCCUGGCAUCACCUCCUCUUGCCUCCUAAGUCGAAUGAGAAUAAGUUUGGGGAACAGUCUGCCACAGGACGAGUCAUCCCCGCUGGAGCCACUGUGUUUGCGUUGGCUGUGGAAUGCCCUGAGAUCCGCCGCCAUCACAGACUCUGUGCGACACAAGUGGGCGGGCUGUCCAUGGCUGCAUGUGGGGAGAUCCACAGUCCAGUGAGCUGCAGCUCAGAGCCGGAGGAGUCCGUGGAGCCAUACACCACAGAGAGACUGAGCAGGCUGCCCGGGGGGUACACCGCUCUCACAGAGCCCUUCACAGCCCUCACCAUCGAUUUCAACAAUGUGCAGGAACUAGAAGGUCUGAGCUCCAGGGAGGUUCAGAGGAUCCAGCUGCCCGUGACUCAGCAAGGAGAGCUUGAUGCUCUGGCUGUGUGGUUCCAGCUCCAUCUGGAUGAGGAGAGCAGUCUGUCGACUGGACCUCAGGAAGACACCUGCUGGGAGCAAGCCAUCUACCCCGUCCACAGCGCCAAGUGUUUCAUGUUGAAGCCGGGCGAUGAGCUGAUUGUGGAAGUCUCCUGUCGAGACGCCUACCUGGGGCUCAGCGGCGUUGCUGUGCUCCGAGGGGGUCGGCAAAUCCAUCUUGACAAAAGUAGGAGCUGGCCGCGUUCGGAAAACCUUGUUCCAAACCCAAACCCAAACCCAGAGGCUGAACUCUGCACGGCGUUAGCGUGUCUACAGACCAAUCAGAAGCAAAGCAAAGACUCCUGCUUGCUGGAGUGUUCAGAGAUGGCCCUCCUCAAUAAUACGGAUUACCACCAGAGUUUCCGCAGCGCAUUAGACAAGCUCAUCUCCCAGCUCAAGGGGAAGCUGCACAGCGGGGAAGGGGCUGCUCUUAACACCGACCCUGCUGGUUCCACGCCUGCCAGCGAUCUGCUGUACGUGCUGGAUGUGUCGGAGGGCUUCUCUCUGCUCUCGCUCCUCGCCGCCAGCCAAGGUGGCGUAAAGGUCUACAGCUCCGUGGAAAAGAGCAAGCAGCAGGAAGUGCUGAAGAGGCUGGCUCACUCCAACGGGAUCUCAGAGCAGCUUCUGGAGUUCUGGCUCAACCGCGUGGAGGAUGAGCAGGGGAUGCUGCAGAGGCCUUCAGGGGAGAAGCUGUGGAGCGCCAUCAUCCUCGACUGUGUGGAAACCUGCGGCCUCAUCCGGCAAAAGCUAAUGGAGAAGGCUUCUCUGGCCAGGUGUCUGCUGGAAGAAGGAGGCCACAUUUUCCCAGAGAGGAUCGUAGUGCAUGGCAUGUUGGUGGAGUCUGACACCUUGUUGCGGGAAAGCGCCGUCCAGGGUCUGGAGCCAACUUUGGGGUUUAACAUCUCUCCGUUUAUCAACCAGUUUACUGUACCGGUUCAUGUGUUUCUGGACUUUUCCACACUGGAGUGUCGACAUCUGAGUGAGGCUGCAGAGCUCUUUGUUCUCAACCUCAUGGAUGCCAAUUCAAACUAUAUCAACAGAGAGGUCAAGAUCAAAGUCACGUCAGCGGGCAGAAUAACCGCCGUUCCCUUUUGGUAUCACAUCUAUCUGGAUCAGGAGAUCAGCGUCAGCUCGCUUGGCCAGAACUCGCACUGGAAGCAGGCCGCUGUGGUCCUCCCAGAGCCUCUCCAGGUCCAGGCUGGAGACUGGGUCUGCCUUAACGUGAAGCUUCAUAAAAGCACCAUCUCCAUAUUAGCCCAUAUAGAGAACACACAUGUGGUGAUGGACUAGUAUUCUACUACUUUCUAGCUCCUUUAUUUUUUUCUUUAUGUGUAUUACGUUUCAGCACAUGUUUGUGGAUCAUGUUUGAGUUGACCAAACAUUCUCUUUGUCCAUUCUUAGAUUUUCCCUCUUCGUUGUAACAGUGUUUUUGAGACCCGUAGUGGGUCCUGUUCCAUAGUUCUAAUAUUAAUCUGCAGGACAUGACCUUUGCAGAAUAUGGAACCGGUCCAUGACUAAUAAAAGCCAACACCGAUGCUUCUGUUCCACAUAUUCUAUACACCUUUGUGAAGGCCUGUGCUGCACAUGUGUACGAAUGCAGCAGAAAUGUUCCUCUGGUUGUGUGUGGAUGUGAAUCUGUUCGUGUCAAAGUUUUUGCCAGUAAAUUACUUUUUUUUUUUUUUUUUUAUUCAAAAUAAGGGAUGGUGAUCAAUAGAAGAUAUUAAAUAAACAUGACAAGUAUAGUGUAGUUUCAGUUUAUUUUUUAAAAAAAGACAAUGCAACAUUUUUAGGAGGGUUUAUCGGUAUGCAUGUACAUUAAAAAAUGUGUCAGAGAUUAGGAGAAAACAUAAAUUGUAUGAAAUACAUUUUAAAGGUGGGAAAGGAUUGUAGCGAUAAAGCGUUUGUUUUGAAUGGAAUAAAUCUACGGCACAUUUUGAAACAAGGCAUCUGUGAUAACAGAGAGAAAUCUGUGCAAAGUAAAGCACUGACAGUAACGUAUAAGAAUGUGCUGAUUGUACCACCGAUUGAAGAAAGAAAAAAAACUUUACAGUUAAUUCAAAAGAAAUACAAUCCACAGUUUGACUGUUGAUAGAAAUAUUACAACAUUUUCAGUGUUAAAAUGAACUGCAGUUUACCCCAAGUCUACAUUUACAUUCAAGGUGGAACAGAAAUCAAUUCUAAUGUUUUUUUCACAGAUGUCAAUUUGAAGGUUUGCCCCAAAUAAAACACAAUUUAUGGAAAAUGU